UAAUUGGAAACAUGGUGAAAUUAAAAUUUUACUUGAUCAUCUUCAAGAAAAAUUUUCAACUUGGUCUAAAGGAAAUAAAUCUAAAUUUUAUAAUGAUAUGGCGAAGAAUAUUCUUUCUAAUAAAGAAGCAAAUGCAAUUAAAGAGGCAAAGGAUUGGUAUUGGUAUGAUAAAUUAGAUGUGAUUUUUGGAACACGUGAAAAUAUAACUCCUUCAUGUUUAGUAAAUAAAUCAACAGUUACAGCCAUAGCUGAAAUGGGUCAGACACGUGAAAGAAUUUGGGAAAAAAAAAUGUUAUUAGAACAAGAAAGGUUAAGUAAAAAUCAUGAAUUAGAAAAGGAACGAUUGGAA